UAGGCACUACUUACGACUACAUUCUUCAAAGUACUAAAUAACAAUCAUACAAAUUCCAAGUUUUUUAUUUUUGGAAAAGGCGGCAACAUGGACUCAGACUCAGACAGCAAUGGCCGGGACGACAAUAAAUCGUUAGAUACUUCGUUUUUCGAGACGCUUUGGCCACUGAUAUUGGAUGACAAUCAGUGUCGGGUGGAAAGCGAAUCGAUUAGAUUUUUUAUACCUCGCAUUGAAUUUGAUUAUUUGCAUUGGCACACCUUUCUGGCCAAGGUAGGCUAUCCACAGUACGAGAAGCCGCAUGAUAUGCGAUGCUGCCAGGCUGCCGAGGAUGAAGAAAAGUCCGAGCAGUUGGCCGAAGCUGCAACUAACAAGGCCGUUGAAGAACUCAACGAUAAGGCACUUAGCGACUAUCAACCAUGUGGCUCGCGUGCUAUCAGGCGUAUUGACAACGAAGUUAAGCAUCUAUGCGAGGAGCAAGAGCGCCGCCAACGCUUGGCCUACUCCUUUGCCAAUCGUGUAUAUCCAUGGACCAUGCAAACUCCGCUCCAUGAGAACAGCUUUGUUCUCACAGAUGAGGUAUGCUUAGAUUUUCCGUGUCCAAUGGAGCGUGAUAUCCUGGAAGGUGUCUAUCAUUAUGACUGCAAGCUAAUGAUAAUUGAUGCCAGCACUGAAGUCUGCGCCGACGACUUUCUGCGCUGGACUAAGUUCCGGCCAUAUGUCCAGAUGUUGUGCCUUGUGCGCUGUCCACGUGUCCAGCGACAUCUGCAGCUGCUCAAUGUUUUCCACACUAUGCUAAUAGAGGAAAACAUCCACAAUACUUGGCACGAGGAGCUGAACUGCUCGCUCCGCUCGGGACUCAAAGAGGCCAGGAAAUUGGAGCUCUUGAAAAACUGCGCCGAUGCAUUUGUUUUUAUUUUCUCGCGUUAUCGCGGCAUUUGCACUUGCGACACCUUCAAAGUUUUACGCCGCAGUUGAUUACUGGAAAUCUAAUUGAAAAAUUUACUUAUUUCAAAUAUUAAUUCAUUUCACGAGUGGUGUCCAAAAUAAAAAUUAACCUAUGUCUGAUAAGAAGGCAAAGAAGAUACACAGAACUGUAAGGACCUAAAUUACUAUACCUAAGCAGACGACAAGAACUCCUUUGGUUUUUUGGUAUAAAUUUACUGGAACUGUGAUUUUACUACACAA